AGAUUGCUCAUGGGUUCUUAAUCCAGCGUCGGACCUGUUUUAUACAGCCGCCCUCUAACAGGAUUGGUCAUGUUAACCCACUGGGACAUGGUAUGCCAGCUGUUCCCUCCUCCUGCUGGGAUGGGUGGAGCAGGGUGGGAGGGGUGCUGUGCUGGGAUCCUCUUAUCUCGGCACAGACAGCGAGGACGAGGAGGAUGCUGAGCCCAAAGGUGCUUUAGGCGUCACAGAGGACGGGGUGUUCUUUACAACUGGGUCCUGGAUGUUUUCCUCUCUAUCUGUUGAUUCAACAUUUUCUGACCUACCCACAACUGCAUCAUCCACAUUUAUGGGUUUCUGAGGGCCGGGGGCGGCUGACGUGACAUGGCAGUGGCUCUGGACGCCGUGUGGGUGAGGGUGAAGAACGUCUGCAGGCAGAACGGUCUUCUCAUCCUCUCAGUGCUGGCCGUGGUCGUUGGAUGUCUGCUGGGGUUCUUCCUGCGAACGAGGCGGCUGUCGGAGCAGGAGGUGAAGUAUUUUCAGUUCCCUGGAGAACUGCUCAUGAGGAUGUUGAAGAUGCUGAUUCUGCCCCUCGUUGUGUCCAGUUUGAUGUCCGGAUUGGCAGCUCUUGACGCCAAGUGCUCCAGCCGGCUUGGUCUCAUCACCGUGUCAUAUUACCUGUGGACCACCUUUGUGGCUGUGAUAGUGGGGAUCAUAAUGGUCUCCAUCAUCCACCCAGGGGGUGCAGCUCAGAAAGAAGACUCUGAUGACAGCAGCAAGCCCAUCAUGAGUUCUGCUGAUGCCCUGCUGGAUCUCAUCCGCAACAUGUUUCCAUCAAACCUGGUCCAGGCCACAUUUCAACAGUAUCAGACCAGAAGCCAAGUCAUUGUGAAACCCAAACCCACGGUGAGUCAGGCCCAGGCGGACUCCACCACACGGAGGCCUCUCAUCUACGGCGUCCAGGACGACAACAGUAGUGACAUGCAGAACUUUGCCCUGGACCUGACUCCCCCUCCAGAUGUGGUCAUACGCACUCGUGAAGGAACCAGCGAUGGAAUGAAUGUGCUUGGAAUUGUCAUUUUUUCCGCCAUCAUGGGCAUAAUGUUGGGAAGAAUGGGACCAAAUGGCAGUGCCUUGGUCAAUUUCUGCCAGAGCCUCAACGAGGCUGUCCUCAGGAUCGUCGCCAUUGUGAUCUGGUACUUCCCGUUUGGAAUAGUUUUCCUGGUGGCCGGAAAGAUCCUUGAGAUGAGUGACCCAUCUGCCAUGGGAAAGAAGCUGGGCUUCUAUGCUGUUACCGUGGUGUUCGGGUUGGUGCUUCACGGCCUCUUCAUCCUGCCUGCCAUGUACUUCUUCAUUACCAAAAAGAGCCCCAUUGUUUACAUACGAGGAAUCCUGCAGGCUCUGCUCAUUGCUCUGGCAACAUCCUCCAGCUCCGCCACCUUACCAAUUACCUUCAAGUGCCUCCUGGAGAACAACCAUAUCGACCGCCGCAUCAUCCGGUUUGUGCUCCCUGUGGGCGCCACCAUCAACAUGGAUGGAACCGCACUCUAUGAAGCUGUGGCAGCAAUAUUCAUCGCACAAGUUAAUAAUUACGAACUGGACUUCGGUCAGAUCAUAACCAUCAGCAUCACAGCAACAGCAGCCAGCAUUGGGGCAGCUGGGAUCCCUCAAGCUGGCCUGGUCACCAUGGUGGUAGUGCUAACAUCUGUUGGGCUGCCAACCGAUGACAUAACUCUGAUCAUCGCCGUGGACUGGGCUCUGGACAGGUUCCGCACCAUGGUGAAUGUGAUGGGAGACGCUCUGGCCACAGGCAUCAUGGCUCACAUCUGCAGGAAAGACUUCAUGAAGGAGGGUGAUGGGGUGCCUCUCACCUGUGAGACAAAGAUGCCCGUUAACGCCCCACCAGUGAUGAACUGCCAUAACAACAAUGGAAACUACCAGCCCCCUUCAUGUGGACUCAAACACAAGUCUGUCCCUCCAGAUGUAGCCCGGCUAAUGCAGCUGGAGGAGGGGGUCCGGCAGGGUCCAGAAAAGAAAAGGCCUCCCAUCCCUCCCCGGCACCUGAAGAAAAGCAAAGAGCACUGCAGCGUUGACAUGAACGGGCUCGAGACCAAUGUUUGAUGGCCCCAGUGAUGCAGACAAGCUUCUGUUGGUUACUUUCAGCACGACCCUGUGCACAGAUGCAGAACAUUUUAUAUCAGCAAAAGAGAAGUUUUUUUCUUUUUUUUACUUUAUAUUCAUACUUGCCACAUUGCUGCAGCUGAACUGCAGCAGGAAGUGCAACAAGGUUGCAAAGGAUCUCCAACUGUGACUGCAACAUGAUGGAAACUGCAAUAACAAAUGUAAGGCAUACACUACAAGAAAAAAGGUGGCAUAAAAUGCAGAGAAAACUGUAAUAAGAAGACAAAGUCGUAAAAUAUGAAUUGCUGCAUGAAUUACAAAGUGAAUUGUGGCACGGACUUUUAUGUGCAGAACAGCAAGGAGGAUGCUGAAGAGUCUAUGAGGAAGAAAAAUGAAUCCAUUUUAUCUAUAUUUAUGUUUUGUUAUCACCACGUUCCUUUGACGCACCCAUGACCAGUAAGUGUGUGGGACGAGGUGCAGAAUCAAUGUCUGCUUCAGCACCACAUCAGGGUAAAAAAAAAAAAAAAAAACAGUCUGCUUCAGAGUUAGUUGAUUGUCAGGGACAAAUGCAGAGUUUUUGGGGGAUGAAAGAGCCCAUGAUCCAUUCUGACUGCUGUCUGCUGCAGAUAAGACAUUAUCACACACAAACAUAUUCAGAUAUUGGUUUUAGCUGGAGGAUUAGGAUGGGAGACAAGAAAUGCUUUGAUGUGGAUUUUUUGCCUUAAACAGUUGGAGUAUCAAGAGGCUGAUGGAAAAACGGAAGAGAAUAAAGUUCUUAUGAAUGUGCAUUUAGUUUUUUGUUUUUUUUU